GCUCCGAGCCGAGCGGAGCCGGUGGACGCGGCCCGGCCCGACCUCCCCGGGCCAUGGCCGGCAACGUGAAGAAGAGCUCCGGGGCCGCGGGCGGCGGCGGCUCCGGGGGCUCGGGCGCGGGCGGCCUGAUCGGGCUCAUGAAGGACGCGUUCCAGCCGCACCACCACCACCACCUCAGCCCCCACCCGCCGGGCGCCGUGGACAAGAAGAUGGUGGAGAAGUGCUGGAAGCUCAUGGACAAGGUGGUGCGGUUGUGUCAGAACCCAAAGCUGGCGCUAAAGAAUAGCCCACCUUAUAUCUUAGACCUGCUGCCAGAUACCUACCAGCAUCUCCGUACUAUCUUGUCAAGAUAUGAGGGGAAGAUGGAGACACUUGGAGAAAAUGAGUAUUUUAGGGUGUUCAUGGAGAAUUUGAUGAAGAAAACUAAGCAGACCAUAAGCCUCUUCAAGGAAGGGAAAGAAAGAAUGUAUGAGGAGAAUUCUCAGCCUAGGCGAAAUUUAACCAAACUGUCCCUGAUCUUCAGCCACAUGCUGGCAGAACUAAAAGGGAUCUUUCCAAGUGGACUCUUUCAAGGAGACACAUUUCGGAUUACUAAAGCAGAUGCUGCUGAAUUUUGGAGGAAAGCUUUUGGGGAAAAGACGAUAGUCCCUUGGAAGAGCUUCAGGCAGGCCCUUCAUGAAGUACAUCCCAUCAGUUCUGGGCUGGAGGCCAUGGCUCUGAAAUCCACUAUAGAUCUGACCUGCAAUGAUUAUAUUUCAGUUUUUGAGUUUGACAUCUUUACACGACUCUUUCAGCCCUGGUCCUCUUUGCUCAGGAACUGGAAUAGUCUUGCUGUGACUCAUCCUGGUUACAUGGCUUUCCUGACGUAUGAUGAAGUAAAAGCUCGGCUCCAGAAAUUCAUUCACAAACCUGGAAGUUACAUUUUCCGGCUGAGCUGUACACGUCUGGGUCAGUGGGCCAUUGGGUAUGUCACUGCUGAUGGGAACAUUCUCCAGACAAUCCCUCACAAUAAACCUCUCUUCCAAGCACUGAUUGAUGGCUUCAGAGAAGGCUUCUAUUUGUUUCCUGAUGGACGGAAUCAGAAUCCUGACCUGACAGGCUUAUGUGAACCAACUCCCCAAGACCACAUCAAAGUGACCCAGGAACAAUAUGAAUUAUACUGUGAGAUGGGCUCCACAUUCCAACUGUGUAAAAUAUGUGCUGAAAAUGAUAAAGACGUGAAGAUUGAACCCUGUGGACACCUCAUGUGCACAUCCUGUCUUACGUCCUGGCAGGAAUCAGAAGGACAGGGCUGUCCAUUCUGCCGAUGCGAAAUUAAAGGUACUGAACCCAUUGUGGUAGAUCCAUUUGAUCCUAGAGGAAAUGGCAGCCUGUUGAGGCAAGGAGCAGAGGGAGCUCCCUCCCCAAAUUAUGACGAUGAUGAUGAUGAACGAGCUGAUGAUUCUCUCUUCAUGAUGAAGGAAUUGGCCGGUGCCAAGGUGGAACGGCCUUCUUCUCCAUUCUCAAUGCCCCCACAAACUUCCCUUCCCCCAGUGCCACCACGACUUGACCUUUUGCAACAGCGAGUGUCUAUUCCUUCUAGUGCUUCUGGUCUUGGAACUGCUUCUAAGGCUGCUUCUGGCUCCCUUCAUAAGGACAAACCUUUACCAAUACCUCCCACACUUCGAGAUCUUCCACCACCACCCCCUCCAGACCGGCCAUAUUCUGGUGGAGCAGAAACCCGGCCUCAGAGACGCCCCUUGCCCUGCACACCAGGAGACUGUCCAUCUAGAGACAAACUGCCCCCUGUCCCCUCUAGCCGCCUUGGGGAAUCAUGGCUCCCUCGGCCAAUCCCCAAAGUACCAGUAAUUGUUCCAAACCCUAGUGACCCUUGGACAGGAAGAGAAUUAACCAACCGGCAUUCACUUCCAUUUUCACUGUCCUCACAAAUUGAACCCAGAACAGAUGUGUCUAGGCUCGGAAGCACAUUCAGUCUGGAUACCUCCAUGAAUAUGAAUAACAGCCCAUUAGUAGGUCCAGAGUGUGAGCACCCCAAAAUCAAACCUUCUGCAUCUGCCAAUGCCAUUUAUUCUCUGGCUGCCAGGCCCCUUCCUGUGCCAAAGCUGCCACCCGGGGAGCAGUGUGAAAGUGAGGAAGACACAGAGUAUAUGACUCCCUCCUCUAGGCCUGUAGGGCUUCAAAAACCUUUGGAGGCAAACCAGGGUUCACGAGCGUGUGAUUGUGACCAGCAGAUUGAUAGCUGUACAUAUGAAGCAAUGUAUAAUAUUCAGUCUCAGGCUGCCCCAUCAGUCACAGAGAGUGGCACCUUUGGUGAAGGGAAUUUGCCUGCAACUCAUGCCAACACUGGUCCUGAGGAAUCAGAAAAUGAGGACGAUGGGUAUGAUGUCCCCAAGCCACCUGUGCCAGCAGUGCUGGCCCGCCGAACUCUCUCAGAUAUCUCUAAUGCCAGCUCCUCCUUUGGCUGGUUGUCUCUGGAUGGUGAUUCCACAACAAACUUCACGGAGGGUUCUCAAGUUCCUGAGAGACCUCCCAAACCAUUCCCUCGGAGAAUCAACUCUGAACGAAAAGCAGGUAGCUGUCAGCAAGGUGGUGCUGCUUCCUCCACCGCUGCUGCUGCCUCCGCCUCACCACAGCUUUCCAGUGAGAUUGAGAAGCUCAUGAGUCAGGGAUAUUCCUACCAGGACAUUCAGAAAGCUUUGGUCAUUGCCCACAACAACAUUGAAAUGGCCAAAAAUAUCCUCCGAGAAUUUGUUUCUAUUUCUUCUCCUGCUCAUGUAGCCACCUAGCACAUUACCUCCCUUUUGCAGCUUUAGAGGACCAAUGAGCCGAGAGCUCCUACUCCAGUAGCACCUAAAAGGGCAGAGGUUCCAUGGAGACUUGACAAUGAAGUCUUGCCCUACCUGUGAGAUAUCACGCCUGUGGUUCCAAGAUUUCAAAGCAGUGGAAAGAAAAUGGAGCAGCUAGUGUGUUUUAUUAUCUUACUUGUUUUGAGAGUACAUUUGCAGGUGUCCUUCAGUCCCCACUUGAGAGAGUGUGGAUUUUUAUUUAAUGGUAACCUACCUGGGGAACAGUCCAGAAAGCAGCAGUAGAAGUAUUGUGCUGUAGAUCCUAAUUAAGGACUUAGACUUUCCUGGGUUAUGGAAGGGUGUGUGUGUGUGUGUGUGUCUGUGUGUGUGUGUGUGUCUGUGUCUGUCUUUGUGUGUGUCCUGUGAUUAUAAGAUUAACCUGCUGUCUGUGUUAAUCCCACACAGGGAAUUAGCACAAGAGGUUUAGAAAGGAAUCUUUUAAAGACUUCCAUCUACUGUGGUAUUAUACUCAACCCCAAUGUGUAUUACAGCAUCAACACUCCCCUUUGGCUUGGAUUAUCAUGUGCAUAGCUAAAGUCUUGUAUUUUUAGAACACCCUCCCUCUCUCCUUUCCCCUAUUUCCUCCUCCUCCUUGGUGUCCGUCAUUGGCAGUGGGCUUGCUGUGACCAGCCUGAUUGAAGCCAAGUGGCUUAUAGGAUGUUCUUUUAUUAUGUGUGAUGUGUUGGUUUGUUUGGUAGAUAGGUGGGGAAAAAAGUACUGUUGUUAUAUCAUUAUCGUCAUGUUUGAUACUAGCAGCUAACACUGGUCACUCCAAAGCACUGUUUCUAUAGGAACAUUGAAUCUGUUAAACUAAGAUGUUUUAAUUAUCCUAAUUAUGUAAUGACUGAUUUGAGAUAGAGGCCUUCAAAUACAUUCCAUGCCCUCCCCAGAAAAGAGUCUGUGGGAGUCCGUUGCCUUGGUGCCAGGUAUGUGUUCUGAUGUAGGUCUUGAGUUUUUCUACUUAAUGGGGAAGGAAAGAACUUUUGUUUCCAGCAUGGCUUUCUCACCCUAAUAUCAUGAAGCUUUUAUGAAGCUUUAUUCACAUGCUCUUUACCUUGUUACACAAAAACAUGCACAAGUAGACGAUAAAAAUUAAUCUCUUCAGUUUUUCUUCCCAAUGACUCAUUAAUUUCAGCUUAUAUGGAUGUCUCCCUUUGAACUUGAGCCAGUUUAUAAGUUCAGAGUCAAUUUUUUUCUUUAAGGAAUUGGGGAUACUACCCACGGUGGUGAUAGCACAGCAUUUUGCUGAUAAUGGGCACCUUUCCUACAUUGGUGCCACCUGGUGACUUGGCUUCUCUUGUGCCUGUGGCUUUGGGAAUGUAACAUCUCCUUCCCCCUUUCCUUCCCCUUUCUUCUCCACCUUAGGUCUAUGUACUCUUUAAUGAUUGCGUUUUCCCUGGUUAUUAGACAUCACUUGGUAUGAUGAUUUUACCAUAGUCAGAGCCAAUAUGUGUAAAACCCAGCAGUUUGUGUAAUUGCAGGUUCAAAGGAAAAACCAGAGUCACGUGUGCAGCACCAUUAGUCAGUUCCUGUAGCUGCUACCUGAGCCCUUGAGUCUUUGCUGAUUUCCCUGGGAGUAUGUAACUAUCCUCCUCAGAAGCAAGCUAGCCUGUUCUUUGAUAAAUCUGCUCUCCUGGAAAUCUAAAUUGGGCUUUUCUCUUUAGAUCCAGGUAGAAAUGAUUCCUUUAUAUCUGUUUCUCUCCCACCUUGUCAUCUUUGGAGCUAAAAUGUUUUCUCACUCUUGACUUUAGUUCCUCUUGGAUCUUUUGGCUUUCUCCUCUUGGCUCAGAGCCAUUUACCUUGACCUAGUAGAUAGCACUGGACUUCUUAUUGAGUUGUUGUGGUUGCCCUGUAGUGUCUCUUCUACAUGGCAACAGCUGUGGGAAGUCUUAAUGGGAAUGAAAGAGCAGGGAAAGUGGCAGUGAGUUGGAAACAAGCGAGCAUCUCCUUGUAAAAGCCAGAAUAGUAUUGUGUCUGUGGUAACAUUUGGUUGUGAGGUUGUUUUUUUUUUUUAAAUGUUGAAGGCCCCAACAAAGAAUAGGAAAAAUAGCAACAGUUUUCAUUCCUGCUUGUGCUGAAAUUUCCCCUUUUCUGUAGCUACUGCCUAUAGUCUAUCUAUGGGCAAUCAAAUCUUAUGGAGCUAUUAAGAGAGCAAAGCCCUGGUUCUUCUUAUCUUUUGCCUUUCCAGUGCCUCCAAAAUUCUCUUCUUUGGAGAUUAUGUCCUAGCUUAUAUAGACUAAGAGCAGGUUCAUCCUUUCUUUUUCUAACUGAAGACCUGUGUGACAGUUUGAGUCAGCUCUGACACUGGGGUUUCAGGGCCCUGUGUUGAACUUGUGCACCAUUGGUCGACUUGCCCAUCGUUAGCUAUGGGUCUGCAGGCAUUCAAGGUUUUAGACCAUUAUAUGGGGCUUUUCUUGUUGGGCACUCUGAGGGGGGGCCUGGGUUCAUGCUUGAGAUUGGCAGGUGAACCUCAGGAAGGUUUUUACAUCCUCUUGCUUUGAGGAUAUUUCCAAAACUUUAAUUUCUUAAAAUUUCAUUUGACUAAGAACCAGUAACACGACCAUCAUCCUCCAUUUGUAAGGCAACUUUUAAAUUCUUCGGCUCUGCUCUGAAUUUGACAAAAAUUAUCCUUUCCCCAAGCUGGCUUAGCGUUUUGCCAUUUUUGACAAAUUCAUCCCCUUUCCACCUCCUAGGUGCAAAUGGUAACUCCUCUGCCAGCUGUCAGGUGGAUAAGGUAAAAGCAACUUUGAUGUGCAUCAGGCUAGUCGUUCAGACCACUCUCCCCUGCUUUCCCUAUGUCUUCCCAAGUCUCUCUACAUAGCCUGUCUGGUUACUGGAUGGCUGCUUUGCAAUAGGUAGUCAGUAGCCCCUCCAAUAUUCCUUCCAUUCAAGUAGAGUGUGGAUUAUGGUGGAAAAACCUGUGGGCUCUUUGCCUCCCUUUACACAAAUAAUAAAUUGGACAGUUUAUCGUCCCAGCAUUUAUUUGUUAAUAUCUGUGUAAAUAGUGAUAUAUACCUGUGGCUGGCCAUUCUCUCGCCCAACCGUGUUCUAUAUAUUCAACUCUUCUUUCUCUUCUUACACAGACUCUCAAUGUCAGGCCCAGGAUGUGGCAUAGUUCUAUUAGUAUCAGUUAGCUGUUUUGUGGAUUAAAAAUAUAUUGGGGAGGGGGGUGUUAUUCUUCAUACUUAAAGUAUUUAUUUCCUCUAUAGAAAAUUAAGAUAUAUUUUAUGGUCCAAAUAGCAAACUUACUAAUGAAUUUUUGUAAAUUUGCUUGCAGAUUAAGGACCAACUAUAUAUACCCUUUAAGACACCAUUAACAAGAUCUAGACCUUUUUGUAUGUGAUCAGCAAUGGUGUUAAUGCCGAGUAUUCUCCUACCUCACAUAAUGAAAGUCAGAGGGUCAUAGACCUUCCCAAACUAUAAAUCCCCCUUCUUGCCGUUGGCCUUUCUGACUCAGAAAUGACCACUGCCCAAAGAACAAUGGUAUCUGAACCAUUGGUCUGCCUGUCACAGUUCAUUUGUUCAUUCAGCAGAUGUUUGUAAGAGAUGACCAUGUGCCAGAAGUGUUACCUUUGUGUUUUUUCCUGCUACCACAUGGUGAUUUACUGAUGCUGGGGAUUAGCUGUGGGCUGUCCAGCACUUGCAUUUGGCCCUAAAGUACCCCUUCCCAGUAAGACUGCAAUUUUUAUUCACAGUUCUUUUAUGAAGAUGUGUAUUUCCUUAUGGAGCUGUUCCAGUUAAAAUCAGCUCGAGAGUCUCUGAUGAACUUUUAUUGUCUUCCUGUCACUUUGAUAAUGUCUCAGUAGAGGUAACUCAGUGUCAGUCUCAUGGGUACCCAUCAUUUUUACUUAUUUCAGUGGAAUCUGUUUGGUUGGAUAAGGGGUAUAUUGGUUCAGAGUUGUGCAAUAGGACAAUUAAAUGUUUAAGCAAAUGCUUAGCAAAUCAUGUGUUUAGUCCACAGGCUUCCUUCCCAAUCUAGUGCCUUCCUUGAUCUUUUUACUGAGCUGCUGUGUCUCUAGUCCUCCAUGUCGGGAAGUUUCCUUUUCACAUUUCCAGAUCUGUCACCAUCUCCCAUUCUAUUUGAAACUUGUUUUCCAGUCCUUCAACAACCUUUGCAGCUGACCCUGUGUCUUAGAAGGGAUUAAGGUGUGGGACAGGGAUGGGACCUAUCUUUGGGUCCUGAUCUUCAACCAGUUGUUUGGGUCUCCCUAAAACAGAUUGAGCUCAGAAAGGUCAGUCUGUAGCUCCUGGAUUAAGAGACUUAGAGAGCUAACAGGCAGUGUCAAAAUUAACACAUCAUCAUUUUUCUAGACUUUUAAGCUUUAGAAAUUCCAUCUCAAGUAUCAGUUUAUAACAUAACUGUCACUACUUUGUCCCCAAUCUAUGUUAGCAGUCUUUCUUUAGGCAUGUGUAAAGUCAUUUAAUAAAAUGGGGGUAGGUGUAUACUUGAAGAAGUUCUAGGUUGCAUCUUUAACUGUCUUGUUUAGGAAUCAUUUGGAUGAAAGAGAAGUAUUCAAUCUAAUGAAAGGAGGGAGUUGUAAGGAUGCAGGGUAUUUCAUAGAACCUGUGAUAAGUAGAACUGAGCUAGAACUGUAAAGCUUUGCCCCAAAUCCUUUCUCCUGCUUGUCAAUCUGUUUAUCAGCAUGCAUGACCCCAACCCUAACCCUAAACCUAACCCUCAAGUUCACAUACCCUCCAGUUCUAGGGUUCACUACUAACAGAUUCCCAGUGCUUCUUGGUUCAUAUCUUCCAGAAAGAAUCGAGCAGUCCAGCCCGUCAGUCAGGUAUCUGCCCCGAGCGGUUGACCUUACCACAUGGACAACAGGUGGGAGUAGAGUGGGCCCACAGAAGAGGGUAUAGACUAUAUAGCUACCCCAAAAAUACUUGAGUAGUAAAACUGCUAUCGUACUGCUUCUUUGAGAGUAGAAAGGCAGGCAUGGGGCCAUUUCUGGACUAGCAAAGGAAUUCUUAAUUCAGGUUACUUCCUUUCUUUGUUUCGUUCUUUUUUGUCCCUUUCUCAGUCUCAGCAUCCAAGAUUUCUUACCUCCCUCGCUAGGAUCAGUUUCCCUUAUCUUAGAGCUAGUCUGUUCUUAGGUGGCGUUUCUUAGCUUUCAUUCAUUCUCAGGUUUUUAACCUUCUUUCACAUCAUUUAGAGAGUAGAUCACAAAUCACGAAUCACACUGUAGCCACCACCCAUGGACUUCUGGGCUCUUGUCAGAUUCUAGCACUGAAAAUAUAUUUAUCCUGUGGCCCAUGACCUGUGUUCCACUGCGCCCUCCUCCUCACCCUUUCGUUUGGUCCUUCCUGUAUGAGGGGAGCUCUGCAAUGAUAUUCUUAGGCGAGCCUUCCUAGAUGCCUAAGAAAGUACUUUGCUGUAGGCAGUAAGAAUGUGUAAUAGUUGGGAUGUUUGCCAGGAUGUAAAUUAGAUGUUGAUGCCAGUGUCGGAGUCUUUCCUGAGCGCUCUUUAGACAGGCUGCCCUUCCCAGUCCAGUUACCUUCUUUGUAGUCCUAUAUAUAAAGACUUUAUCUUUUGAUUUUUAAAAUUAUGCAUCUGCUGGCCUGAACUUUUUUAUUUUUAUCUCAUCCUAGAGCCUGCCCUGAGUUAUUAAGGCCUUUCAUAAUCACUUAAAACUUUGUCAACUACUGGAGUCAUAUGAUAGACCCAGGAAAAAACCUAAUCCAAAGAUACACAUUGAGGCACUUGAGGAAGGGUGAAUUGUCAGACCUCGCUUUGAUUUUCUAAUCUAGGUUCCAGUAUCAAGUAGCAGAGGGACAGCAUGCCAUGUGCCUUCAAUGUCCUGGGAAAUCUGAGUUUGCUUUCCAAAGGGAGUACCAGUGUUUUCUUGAUUCUGGAAAGUAGCACAAGAGUAAGGGAUGCGGCAGUAGGGUCAGGGAGGAGCAGAGAGCUUUGUUUAGAGGAGCGUUCAUAGUCAGAUGGAAAGUGUCUUGCUGAGGGGCCAGCUGUUGACUAACAGACUAACAGCUGUUUGGAGAUCUUACUGCCCCUUCCCUCAUACAGUGCUUGAAAAAAAUCUGGUUGAUCACUCCUUGUAUUUGUACAGAGCAAAAUUUCAGAGCCAACCUCAGAUCUCCUACUGAUUUGACACCCUAACAAAUAGGCGGAGUUCUGAUUGCUAGGCCCCAUAUUCUUGAUUCAGCCCCCAAAAUGACUUUGAGAGGCACUUUUCCCAUUGCCUCUCUCAAGUUCUCCUUCCAUUCCUAAACCAGAUUUGGAGGGCAGAGAGUAUUGUUCAAUCCAUGCUCUACACAACUCCUCCAGCCUCACACUGCUUCUAUGCUCAGGCCCUAGAGUGGAGUGGAGUGUGUGCCCAUGCCUGGCACUCUUACAUAUGUGUUAAUGUGCCCUAGAUAUCAUUUCCCGCCCGCCCCCACCCAUCUCUGACCUGUUAUAGGUGAGGGUAGCCAUGCUUUCUGACUGUCUUGAAACUGAAGAGGUAAACUACUUAUGAGUCUGUAGACCAUGUGUUUUCUCUUCCUUGGCUUCUUCCUUUUGCUGUCUGGGUAAGUCUGCAGGCACAAUGCCCAGGAGAGUGGAUGUCCCUUGACCUACCCUUGGCAUUGUUUUAGUGUUUUGACCUUGACCUCCUGCUGAAACAUGUGGUAGGGACAUGGCAGCCAAGAGGUACCCCCUACAUCUGCUAUCUGACUGUGGUGACUUGGGAUUUUUAACCUUACAUAUCUUUUUUCCUUUAUUCAAAACAACAAUUUUUAGCACAUUGAAGAAAAAAAAAGCCAAACAUUUUGUGCCUUUCUAAGGCAGCACUGUAUCUCAGGCUGCAUUUUAGGACUUAAUAUGGAAAUACCAGAGUCUUAGCUCCUCUACCUUGGGUGUCAGUCUUCUCUACAGUCUAGGGAAGAGGAAGUGUGACUGGAGAGAUGGCAGCCGGGGGCAGCCUGUUGGUGGUCUCUCCCUGCCGAAUUCUCGUUGGAGGAAAUAAGCAUUGUACCCUGCGCUCGUUUAGCUGGUUCCAAUUGGAAUCUCACUUACAGGUUGAAUGACCUUUCUCCCGCAAGGAGACACAAUGUUCCAUGAUUUCCAGGUACACUCCAGACAUUUCAAGUGUCCCAGCUUCUGGUCCUAUUAAUGACCCAACUGCAUGGGAAAGUAUAGAAUGGACUCUUCUUGAGUAAGGGGUUGUCUUUUCUCUGUGCUGGAUCCUGAACUGACCUAACUCUCCUGCCUCUCUCUUCACACGUGGCUUCCUUUCCUUAGAAAAUUUUGGUCUUAAAGCAUUAAGCAGCUAGUUCCCUCUUCCAGGGUCUAGUUUUUUCUUGGAAAAAGCCGCAAGGACCAUGUACCAGAAGCCUGUCUUUGGUAUUGUGGCCACUCUCGGUUAUGGUGAAAAAAAGUUUUCUAUGUAAUGAUGUUUUACUUAUUUCUUUUACUUUUCUCAUUUUCCCCCUGCUUUUUAACUAAUAUAGAAUAGGGAGAUAGAAAAUCAUGCUUUUUAAAGUUCUCCUUAUUCAGGAUUUUGACCUUCUUGGCCUAGGUGGGGCUGGAGAGAACUUGAUGCUUUCUGCAAAAUGAAGAAUCCCAAUUUGUAUAUCAGUGUUAAAAAUAAAACAAAAUGAAAACUUAGGUGAAUUUUUGUGGGCUAUUUUAAAAAUGUGUCAUUAAUAUAAAAAAAAUUUAUAAUAGCAGUAUUUAAUCAUUCUCACCUGUAAAGAAUAAGAAAAAACAGAAGGUAAAUAUUCUUACAGAGAAUAGCAGAGCUUUAAGAUUCAUUUUCAUUUUAAAUCCAGUUUGUUUUUGCCAAUGUAUUAUGUUUAGAGGUCUGUUAUACUAAUGUUAUUUAUUAAUUUUUUUCAUUUCCAUACACAAUUAACUAAAGAGCUUUUUCAAGCACCUGUCUGUAAAAAAAAAAAUAUUUUUAAAUAAAGUUUCUUUUGUUGUAGCAAGACCUGAGUUCUUGCUCAUCCGUGGUAGGAGGUAAAACACAGGGUAGCUCCAGGACCAAGUGCUGAGGCCCAUCUUCAUUCCUAAGUCGUGCUGCUACUUCCGGGGCACCUGAGUGUCCAGAAGACAAUGAAAAAGGGCUACAGCUUCCUGUCAGCCUGCUAGGCCCCGCGGGCUGCUGGAGCAGGGCUGCUUUGCUGAUUAGGGUGACUAUAGCCCUCAGCUAGAGCUGGAGCUGUUUGCUCAAAAGUAGAAGUAAUCCCGUCACCCCACUCCAACCACCAAACGUUUUGUUUUCCUUUCGGUGCAACUCCAAUUCUAGAGGCCCCAGGCUAACGUGGUACCAUGAUGAAUAAAAAGCAAUGCAAGAUUUCUGGGACAAUUAAGCUUUAUUGUACACACACACACCCCCACACGUGCAUACACACACACACGAAACAAUUUGCAAAUUUACACACAACCUAACAAAACCAUAUAUAUAGAUACGCACGCGCAGAUACAUAUACACAUACAUACCCCAAGCUCUAGCCAGGCCCGUUUCUCAUCCCUAAGUACCAUUCUGCCCUCGGCCCCCUUUUGCUAGGGUCUAGGCCCAUUCGCUCAGUUUGUAGAAGUUAGGGACUAGUAUAAUUAUAGCCCUUAUCCCCGUAAAGGAGAAGCUGGACCUCAUCUCUUGUCUCCUACCCCCACCUUUCAGCCUCACAUGAUCCCUGAGAGGCUAUCAGGAGCCUGGACGGAAUAGUCUUAAUUCUGGAAAACCCCAUCUUCCUCAUUGCAAGGACAAUGGAAUAGCCCCGUAUUUCCGUUAAGGAAUGACACUAGUUCCUGGCUUCUGCCCGGAGAAAGGAGUGUCACGUAAGGGAUUCUGGAGGCAGGCAGGAAGCUGCUUCUAGAUACUAAUGAGCUACUUUCUAGAAUCGGUGUGAGCAACAUUCUUUACCAGUGAGAGGGGCCUGGGCUUUGUGUGUCUUCACUUCAGUGAUACAACUGAAUUAUGAAGCCAGACUAUGGGGCACAAUCCAGCUCAGAAAAUAGGCCACCCAAUUCAGCUGCUGG